AUGAACACGGAAUCAAAUUAUCGACUUGAACAAGUUAAACAAGUUGCGACAAAACCAGCAACAAAAAAACAAAAAUAUUUUAAAUUAACAUUUCAUGAGUUAUUAACCAUUUUGUGUGCAGCUGCUGUUCCCAUAGCUAUCGGCAUUUACACAACAAUAACGACUGAUCGACAAACAAAAGCAGCUAAAGAACGACGUCAGUUUGAUUUGAAACAAGCAACUGAAUUGCAACAACGACAAAUCUAUAAUGAUUUUAUUGAUAAUAUUUAUACAUUACAUAGAGAUGAUGAAUUAAAUGAAACAUCUAAACCAUGGGCAUUUGCUAAUGCACGUUAUAAACUUAGAGGAAGAAUAGUUGCAUAUCGUCAAUGGGAUGCUGGUCGGAAAGCACAUGCAUUACAAUUUCUCAAAGAGAAAGGAUUGAUUGGGAGAGAACAGUGCACAACAGGCUGUGAAGUUAAACAAUUGGUAGAUAUUAUUCGAUUGAAUGAACUGGAUUUAGACAAUGUUCAACUAACAAGUCAAACUGGCAGUUUGAAUAAAUUGAAUAUGAAAUGUGUUCAAUUUGAUCAAGUUUCAAUGGUAAAUGCGUCAUUCAAUUUUGUCAACCUUAACGGUGCAUCAUUUGAUGGUUCAAGGUUAAAUGGCGCUAAAUUUAAAGGUUCUUCUCUCAUCUGUGCUAGUUUUAACGGCACGGAACUGCAAGGUACAGACUUUGGUGAUUCAGAUUUACGAGGUGCACAGUUCAUUAAUGUAAAUUUAUCCAUGGCGGAAAUAACAUCAGAUCAAAUGCAACAAGCUAUAUGCCACAAUACAAUAACAAAUGGAACAGCGAGCAAAUCGACGGUAGCAGGUAUUUUUCUUAAAACUGUUUUGACUUCAACUCUUCACAAGUGCUAAUAGAGGUUAAUUCUUCUUAGUCUCUAUUGAAUCCUUUUCUAUCCACUGCCUUGUGUGUAUAUAGAAUGAAUUUAUUAACGAAUAACGUUGGGAGUAGAGUACAGGGGAUAAAAAAGAUGACGAA